CCUUGAGACUGAGGCCCGGCGCUCUAACUCCCUCUAAAAGAGAGCUGCUCCAUCACUGAGAUCGGAAAACUACCCAGUUAUAGUCAUGUCUGACACAGAAGAUGUGAUGGAUGAUGGGGCUCAGGAGGAAGUGGACGACUCAAAAUCCAAACCAAAGUAUCUAUCAAAUAUCCAAGCACCAAAGAUCCCAGAGGGAGAAAAAGUAGAUUUUGAUGACAUCCAAAAAAAGCGUCAGGAGAAGGAUUUAACAGAACUACAGUCUCUUAUAGAGGCUCAUUUUCUUCAGAGACAGAAAGAUGAAGAGGAACUCAUUGCUCUGGUCAACAGAAUCGAGAAGAGGCGAGCAGAGAGAGCCGAGCAGCAGCGAAUAAGAGCAGAGAGAGAGAAAGAGCGUCAGGCCAGACUCGCCGAAGAGAGAGAGAGGAAGGAGCAGGAAGAACAGAGAAAGAAGCAGGAUGAAGACGCCAAGAAGAAGAAAGCUCUCACUAACAUGACCCAUCAGUACGGUGGCGUGCAGCAAAGGGGUGAAGGACGCAAAGGUGCCAAGAAACAGACCGAAAGGGAGAAAAAGAAGAAGAUCCUUGCUGACCGCCGAAAACCACUGAACAUUGAACACCUGAGUGACGACAAACUCAAGGAUAAAGCCAAUGAGUUGUGGCAGUGGCUGAUGGAGCUGGAAGCAGAAAAAUACGAUCUCAAUGAGAAACUGAAACGCCAGAAAUAUGAUAUAAAUCAGCUCCUUUCCCGCGUCCAGGAUCACCAGAGUGCCAAGGGGCGCGGCAAAGGCAAGAUGGGAGGAAGGCUGAGAUAAAUGUUGACAGCAGAUAUGAGAGGAAUUUGUGUCCUCGUGCAUUUGUUUUUUGUUUGUUUGAUGGAGAUAUAUUUUAAAAGUCAUUGUUCCGAACAUGCUGUACAUUUUUGCUCUGCAGUGCUUUGCUUAUUUUUUGCCAUGAAUAAAUGUUAUCACUGACUGUU